AUGCAACUUUUUAAGAGAAAAAUUGAUGUUGGAGUUCAAACAAGUCAACCCUCUAAUCUUGUUUCACAAGAAGUUCAAGUAAGUGAACUUUCUAAUCUUACUCAAAAUACACAUCAACAUAAAGCCAAAGUUCCAAGAUUAGAAAGAGAUGUUGAUAUCUCUUUACUAGAAAAGGAUCCAGGAAAGCAACGUCCAAUUUGGCAGUAUAAUGUCAAUGAACGUGAUAGGAUUCGUAGAGCAUACAUAAUAGCUGGGCCAUACCAACCAACAAAUAUUAGCUAUCCAACUUCUGGUAAUAACAAUCACCGUCGAUAUUUUCAAUCUUCUUGGUUUAAGAAAUUUUCAAGUUGGUUAGAAUAUUCACCAGAAAAAGAUGCUGCUUAUUGUUUGCCUUGCUACUUGUUUGGUAAACAUUAUGGUGCUCGCAAUGAUGGAAAAAAUAUAUUUUCAGAGUUAGGAUUUAGUAAUUGGAAGAAAGUAAACAACGGAGUGAAUUGUGCAUUUGUAUGUCACGAGGGUUCUAUUCCUAAUUCUCCCCAUAAUUUAUGUGUGAAAUCUUGUGAUGAUUUAAUGGCUCAAUCUAAGCAUAUAGACAAAGUUCUUGAUAAGCAUAAUGAUGAAACUAUUGCAAAUAACCGCUUAAGGUUGAAGAUAUCUAUUGAUGCUAUUCGAUGGCUUGCAUUUCAAGCAUGUGCAUUUAGAGGCGAUGAUGAAAGUCCUGGAUCUUUGAGUAGGGAAAAUUUUAUUGAGUUAAUUAAGCUUUCAGAUUCCUGUAAUCAGAAUGUUAAUAAUGUUGUCCUUGAAAAUGCUCCUGGAAAUGCUCAAUAUAUAUCUCCCAGUGUUCAAAAAGAUAUGUUGCAUAUCCUUUCUAGAAAAGUGCGUACAACAAUUCGAGAAGAAAUUGACAAGCACGGUUGUGUUCAAGAAAGAUGUUUUGAUCUUAUAUAUGUUUCUAAUACGUGUUCUUUGACAUUGAAAACAAAAAUUUCUUCAGUUCUUUCUCGUCAUAAUCUUGAUGUUCAAAAUCUUAGGGGACAAGGGUAUGAUGGAGCUAGUAAUAUACGUGGUGAAUGGAAUGGAUUGCAAGCUCUAUUUUUGAAAGAUUGCCCUUUUGCUUACUACAUUCAUUGUCUUUCUCAUCGAUUACAAUUAGCACUUGUUUCUGCAGCCAAAGAAAUUUGCUAUGUUCAUCAAUUCUUUUCAAAACUUACACUAGUUGUGAAUGUUGUGACUGUUUCUCCUAAACGUCAUGAUCAGUUAAGGGUUGCUCAAGCAAAUAAUGUUGCAAACUUAAUUGCCAAUGAUAAAUUUGUGAUAGGUAGUGGACUUAAUCAAAUUGGUACUUUGCAAAGAGCUGGAGAUACUAGAUGGGGGUCUCAUUUGACUUCUGUACAUAGCUUGCUAUGCAUGUUUGAUGCUAUUUGUGAAGUUUUUGAAAAAAGCACCGAAGAAGAUAAUUUCUCCACUCGUGGUGAUGCUAGUGCUACUUAUGAUGCUAUCACAUCCUUUGAAUUUGUCUUUGUUUUGCAUUUGAUGAGAAAUAUUUUGGAAGGUUACCAGGGUUUGCCAGAGAACACAGAACACAGACAGAGAACACAGAGGAGCAUGGAGACAGCGGUCCAAAAUGGGAAGAAAGACUUACCAGGGUUUGCGAGAGACAGAGACCGCUGCGUUGAGGGAGGGCCAACGAGGGUUGCGUUGAUGGUGACACAGAGACAGAGGGCCAACUCGAGGGUUUGCGUUGAAUGGCGAUGGUUGAGAAACAUCAAUAGGGUUCGACGGUCGGGUGCGAGGGUUACACGAACGGCAUGGGUGCGACGGUCAUUCGCUUACAGAUGA